AUGGCGUCUUUGAGGGCCGUUUGGCUGGUCUGCGCGCUGCUCCGAGUGGCGGGAGGAUGCCCGGAGCCGUGCGCCUGCGUGGACAAGUAUGCUCACCAGUUUGCCGACUGUGCCUACAAGGAACUGCGCGAAGUGCCCGAGGGGCUACCGGCCAAUGUGACCACGCUUAGUUUGUCCGCCAACAAAAUCACUGUGUUGCGUCGCGGGGCCUUCGUCAACGUCACGCAGGUUACUUCUCUCUGGCUGGCACACAACGAGGUGCGCACAGUGGAGCCAGGCUCUCUGGCUGUGCUGAGCCAGCUCAAGAACCUCGACCUGAGCCACAACCUCAUAUCCAGUUUCCCGUGGAGCGACCUGCGUAACCUGAGCGCUCUGCAGCUGCUCAAAAUGAAUCACAACCGUCUAGGUUCGCUGCCUGGAGACGCGCUCGGCGCAUUACCGGACUUGCGCUCCCUGCGCAUCAACAACAACCGUCUGCGUACGCUGGCGCCGGGCACCUUCGACGAGCUGAGCGCGCUGUCGCAUUUGCAGCUCUAUCACAACCCUUUCCACUGCGGCUGCGGUCUUGUGUGGCUGCAGGCCUGGGCUGCGAGCACUCGAGUCUCGCUGCCCGAGCCUGACUCCAUUGCAUGCGCCUCGCCUCCCGCGCUGCAGGGGGUGCCGGUGCACCGCUUGCCCGCUUUGCCCUGCGCACCGCCCAGCGUGCGUCUGAGCGCAGAGCCAGCGCCAGAAUCACCGGGCAGCCCUCUGCGAGCUGGAUUGACGCUCGUGCUGCAUUGCACCGCCGAAGGCCACCCGACACCCCGCCUGCAAUGGCACCUUCAGAUUCCGGGUGGCACUGUAACCUUAGAACCCCCAGCCCUGAAAGAGGAGGACGAUGACGGCGGGGAUGGGCUGGAGGAUGGGGAGGGAGAAGGGGAUGGAGACGGGCCCCCGCAGACCGAGGCUCCAGCUCCAACUCUGGCGCCUGCUUGGCCCGCACCCCCAGCUACCCCGCGUUUCCUGGCCCUCGCCAAUGGCUCCCUAUUGGUACCCCUCUUAAGUGCCAAGGAGGCGGGUGUCUACACCUGCCGUGCGCAGAAUGAGCUGGGCGCAAACUCGACGUCAAUACGUGUGGCUGUGGCAGCAACAGGACCCCCGAAGCAUGCGCCCAGCGCUGGAGGUGAGCCAGGUGGGCAGACCCCGGUCUCGGAGCGCAAGUCUACAGGCAAGGGUCGCGGUAACAGUGUCCUGCCUUCUAAGCCCGAAAGCAAAACUAAAGGCCAAGGCCUGGCCAGGGUCAGCAUCCUUGGGGAGACCGAGGCGGGGCCGGAGGAGGAGGCAGGUGAGGGAGAGGAAGGUGAUGACCAGGUUCCGGUGGAUCCCACGGAGGAGCAGAGCUGCGGAGGCGGGGACCCUUCGCGGUAUGUGUCCAACCACGCUUUCAACCAGAGCUCAGACCUCAAGCCCCAUGUCUUUGAACUGGGCGUCAUCGCUCUGGACGUGGCAGAGCGCGAGGCGCGGGUGCAGCUGACGCCGCUGGCGGCGCGCUGGAGCCCUGGGCUCGGCGGGGCCGGAGGAGCGAGGCGGCCCGGCCGACAGCCGCUGCGCCUGCUCUACCUGUGCCCUGCGGGAGGCGGCGCUGCGGUGCAGUGGUCCCGCGUGGAGGAGGGCGUCAACACCUACUGGUUCCGCGGUCUGCGGCCCGGCACCAACUACUCGGUGUGCCUGGCGCUGGCAGGCGAGGCAUGUCACGUGCAGGUGGUGUUCACCACCAAGAAGGAGCUGCCCUCGCUGCUGGUCAUCGUGGUGGUGAGUGUGUUCCUCCUAGUGCUGGCCACCGUGCCCCUGCUGGGCGCCGCCUGCUGCCAUCUGCUGGCCAAACACCCGGGUAAGCCCUACCGCCUCAUCCUGAGGCCACAGGCCCCUGACCCCAUGGAGAAACGCAUCGCCGCUGACUUCGACCCGCGUGCCUCCUACCUCGAGUCAGAGAAAAGCUACCCCGCGGGCGGCGAGGCAGUCGGCGAGGAGCCGGAAGAAGAGGCCCCGGAUGAAGGCGAGGGCCUGGAUGAAGACCCGGAGCCGGAGGAUCCUAGCCAGGAUCUGCAGAGAGAGGAAAGCCUGGCGGCCUGCUCGCUAGUGGAGUCCCAGUCCAAGGCUAACCAAGAAGAGUUCGAGGCGGGCUCCGAGUACAGCGACCGGCUGCCCCUGGGCGCCGAGGCGGUCAAUAUUGCCCAGGAGAUUAAUGGCAACUACAGGCAGACGGCGGGCUGA